GGUACGCAAGUCGCUGCUAUCUGUAAAACUACGUAAAUCGAAAUCGUUAUCACUGAACUCAUGUUGUACCUCCUAAAUAUAAAGCCACUUCUCUGAGAUGCUGGUUUCUAAUGGAGUUCUAAAAACAAGAAAUUAAGAGUACGAUGUGGAUACGACCUGCAAUCAUUUUAAAUUUAAUCACCAUCGAAUUUUCUUUAACUAAUUAUAUAGAAAACGAUCCGAUAUCGACCGAGGGGCAUGCGAAUUUAUUUGACAUGAAAACAUCUAAAAAGUAUCAAAAUAUUAGAUUGAUGGAACCAAAAAAAGGAAUUCAUUUAAAUCGACCUUCAUAUUCGCCGUGGACUCGAUGGAGUGUAUGCCAAGAAGGUCGUAAGACCCGGAGGCGACAUUGUGUACUUAAAAGAGUGUGUGGGGACUCCUUACGCGUUCAAGUUUCAAGAUGUAGACAACGCAACAGGGGUCGAAAGAAGAUGACACAAAACACAAAGUUCGGAAAUUACAUGAUUAUACCUCAAAGACGUCAGUUAGAUUCCGAAGAUGUGCAGAAACGAUUCCGUGGAUUCUCGCAGUGGAGCUCAUGGACUAAUUGUUCUCGCAAAUGUACAACUGUAAGAAGAAGGCGAUGCAUGAAACGGUCAAUUUGCGGUCGUAAAAUUGUAAAGCACUCGGCGUACUGCUAUUUGGAAGGGAGUUUCUGUCACACGUGGAUACGAAACAGAAUGCAGAAGCGGCAGGACCCAGGGCGUGCAGUAUUACAAGCCAUGCCUCCACCGGCUCCAGCGAUACAUCAUGAAGAUUACCGAAUGGCUCCGACUGCCCACUCCUGUGGUCGACUAGGACGGUAUCGAGGCUCUGUAGCCGCGAGGUACAGGGGACGUAUGAGAGACAUGAUCCGGAUCAUCGGAGGAAGGCCGGCGCCGCCUGGUAAAUGGCCGUGGCAGGUUGCCGUUCUAAAUCGAUUUAAGGAGGCGUUUUGUGGCGGGACCCUCGUUUCGCUUCGCUGGGUGGUGACAGCAGCUCAUUGCGUGCGGCGACGGCUUUACGUGCGCUUGGGUGAGCACGACCUGCUCCUGCGGAACUACGGGGAACUGGAGAUGAAGGUCACCGAAGCAGUCGUACAUCCUCGAUACGACCCUGACACGGUCAUCAACGAUGUCGCCAUGCUCCGAUUACCGACGUCCGCCCGCCCCGACCUUGGUCACGGGAUAGCUUGCCUUCCGAAUACACACCAGUCUCUCCCUCCGCAUACAUCCUGCAUAAUACUCGGGUGGGGUAAGAAGCGGCCCACAGAUGUCCACGGUACGAGGGUGUUGCACGAAGCGCAGGUUUCGACAAUACAGCAGGGCGUAUGUCGUCGCUCGUACUGGCAAUACGCCAUCACAGACGACAUGGUGUGUGCGGGGCGCGGGCGGCGUGAUUCAUGCGCAGGUGACUCCGGCGGACCGCUGCUUUGUCGGGACCGCUCCAAUAGAUACGUCUUACAGGGUAUUACCAGUUUCGGAGACGGAUGCGGGAAGCGUGGGAAGUACGGCAUAUACACGAGAACUGCUGGUUACGUCACUUGGAUUAAAGACGUAAUGAAUAGCAAAUACUUCGAUUGAAAUUGAUCUGAAGAUAGUCUUUUUGCUUGGAGAGAUAACGUGACUAUGAAGUGGUAUACUCACCAUUAAGCAUUGCCUAAUUAGGCACACUAUAAAAUAUUUAAGGUCACGCUUGUUUUGGUUUAAGUGUUUCAGAUUCGGGAAAGUUUUAACGAAAAUGUAUAUUGUAUCUAAUUUAAUUUGGGGUCGUAAUAUUCUCAGUGCGAUUUCCAUUUCAGUACUAAUUAAUCUCUAGUUACAAAUACGUAUAUCCGAGACGAGGCUGCAACAGGAUCUUAUUACUAAUGACUUUGUUACCUAAUCCGCGUCGUAUCUUUGAAUAUAGCCAUAGAAUAUGCUAUUAUAUGAUGUGGAUAAAACACUAUUUUAUCUAUAAAUUGUAACUGAUGCUAUAGCAGUGAUGAUAUUCUAUUGGCAGCGGAGAAUCUCAUUUUCCAUAGAGAAAGUGGUUUAUAAGCGC